CGUUGUUUGACAACAAUGGCGUUUUUUGACUUCUGUAAUUUUGUUCUCGGUUUGCAAGUUCGGGAUGAUGGUGCGGGGCGAUGUCUCUGAUACGGGGAGCCUCAGUGACUCGGAUGAAUCACAGGAUAAGAAUAAACUGAUGAGGGAUGACUUGGACAAUGCUGAGGAAUUGGUUUUCGAUUUCGAGGCUUAUCCCAUGUGUGGUGGUGAUAAAGAAGGUCUUGUCAAUCUAUUAACACAGAUCUUUCUCCGUGCCGAUGUAGAUGUGAAACAGAUGGCUGAUAUCCUAGUAGAACAAUCACCAUUUGGCUGUGUUUACCGACCUGCUGAGGAAUUUAUGGAUGAGGAUGAUGACGGUAUUGUGUAUGGUGUGCUGUCUAUGUUAAAUUUGGGUACAGAUCAGAAAUUCCAGACAGAUAUUUGGACUUUGCUGAAAACAAGAGCACAAAAAUAUUCCGUCGAUAAAAAAAUAUCAUCUAUUUUGGAUAAUUUAUCGACUUCAGAAUCGGACAUUCGUGUUGGCUUGCUAAUUAACGAGAGGUUGCUCCACUUUCCUGCAACUAUUGCUUCUCCUGCUUUCAAAUCGUUGAUAAAUGAUCUGGAAAAAUCUGGUACGCAAUAUCUCUUUUCGCAUAUUAUUUUGAUUUUGAAAAUUCGAAUAGCUGAUAGCAACGGUAAUAAAGAACGAAAUGGAGCAAGUACUCCCAAUAUAUCCAGAAACAGGAAAAAGUUAACUAAGGCGCAAAAAAAACGCGUUGCUGCGAGCGCGAUUGCCAAUGCCAAGGUUAUUUAUGAUAACUGUGAAGAGGAGCUUUUGUUUCGGAAUGAUUUGCAGUUCGACUAUUUCCAGUACCCAGUUCAUUCAGAUGUAGAAAAGGAUUCUAAAUUUAGUUCAGUUAUACUGGAAGGUGUCAUUUAUCGACCUUACAGGCGUGUUUGUUUCCUUGAUAAUAGCACGUUUCAUCGGUACAUUGAACUUGUUAGCUUAGCAAAAAAGCUUUGACUAACGACUUUUCGUUUGAUAAUAUUCCGAUUUCAUUGAUAAUUCAAUUUAUGCAGUCCUCGCGGUUGUUUUAUCUAUCUAUAUAUAGUGUUCUUCUAGAGUU